UUCCUCUUCAUUCAUCAUCUCAUUCGUGUCAUAACAAUGUUCAGACCAGAUGUCGAAGAGUCGGUUUCACUUUUCAUAUCCUUGGCAUGUAUCUCAGUCAUGUCCUUACUCUUUGGUCGCAAGACCUCUGGGACACGAUAGGAACCAUCAACUAUGCACGAGGGCUCGUCAUUUCUUUAUACUUGGUCUCCUGGGCCUUUUCUUUCGUCGCCACUAUGCUGACUCAGACCAACAACUUUAAUACCAUAUCCUGCAGUAUGUCCAUCCUCUCUUGUAUCGUCCUCUAUGCUCUGUCCAAGAUUAUCAUCUACCUCUUCUUGAUGGAAAAGGUCUACGUCGUCACUGCUGUGGGUUCUACACGAAAAGACUUUCCAGUAAGCAGAGAUUACCGAAAGAAAAGAAAUAUCAUGGCCAAGGAUAUAAGUACCAAUAAUGAACAACGAACGCGCCAUCGUAUUCGCACAUGUAUUAAUCAUAGCUCUUCUUCCAUUUAAUUCACCAUUCACUUUAUAGCUAUACAGAAUCAAUAUGGUCUUGAUGCUACCAUUCGUAGGGAUUCUGGCCCUGAUGUUCAUUUAUAGAGUGUCCAAGGUCAACGAGG